CUGUACAUAACAAAACAAUAAGUUGUCACUUUGCGUGAAGUUCACGAGUUUUGUUAUGUAUUGAAUUUUAAAGCACCGAAAAGUGCAAGUGCAUCUGUAAUGUUAACAAAAACGAACAUAUUAUUACAAGGUUUGCGAAGUUGGCGAACAUCUGGACACAGAACAUUCUUUGGGAAGAGAAAAAUAUAUGCUCUUGGAACGUGUAAUCUUAUCACCAAACUAGGCAAUGUUUCUCCGGAAAGACAGGUUCCGGAACACAUCACCAAACCUCCAUACUACUUCAUUCGGAAUUCUCCCAAUUCUGGCGAGGGAGAGCCGGAAAUAAAAUCAAGUGAGCAGAUUGAUGGAAUGAGACAAAGCUGUAAGCUUGCGGCAACUAUUUUGAAAAAUACUUGCGCUUUUGCAAAGGUUGGCGUUACCACUGAUGAUAUUGAUGGAUUUGUGCACGAAGAAACGAUCAAGGCGAACGCAUAUCCUUCCCCAUUGCGCUAUUUGGGUUUUCCGAAAUCUGUAUGUACAUCCGUAAAUAAUGUAGCGUGCCAUGGGAUUCCGGAUGAUCGAAAAUUGUCCGAUGGGGAUAUCAUUAACAUAGAUGUCACGGUAUUUUUCAAUGGAUACCAUGGAGACUGUUCGAAGACCGUACUGAUAGGCAAUGUGGAUGAUCGAGGAAGGUAUCUAGUGGAAAGCACCGAACGAUGCUUAGCUGAAGCUAUUCUUUGUUGCGGUCCCGGUCAACCGCUGUGUGUGAUCGGUAAAUCGAUAGAAAAGUUCGCUAAGCGCAAGAAGCUAAGUGUCAUGCCAGCGUUUGCAGGUCAUGGCAUAGGUAGUUACUUCCACGGACCACCAAAUAUCCUUCAUUUCGACAAUGACUAUCCUGGUGUAAUGAUUCCAGGGAUGACCUUUACUAUUGAGCCAGUCCUAACAUUAGGUACGUGCGAGGCCGAAGUACUUGAGGAUGCUUGGACAGCCGUGUCCAUAGAUAAUGCUCGUAGUGCUCAGUUUGAACAUACUGUUCUCAUAACUAACGAAGGCUGUGAAGUGUUAACGGUGGCCAGUUAAUGGAAACUAAAAAAAAAUAAAUAGUUUCUGAUAGGCUAAGAAUACUUAUAACCGGGAUGUUUUUGUUGCGUAGCAUAUUCUCACGAUUGUAGGCUUUUGCCAAACUGUAAACUAUUUUGUAAUAAAACAUUGGCAUUGAACCGCAGAUUGA